AUGAAAUUUCCCACGGAAACCCCGAGGAAACCUGGAAACUGGAACCCAGCGCCAGUGGCUGUGCAGACCAACCUGGUUCCUCCGAAGAAGAUCCAACCGGGGAUGCUCCAGUCCAGCCUGGUCCACGCCAGCGUGGCGACCAUGCAGAACCCCAUGGGCUGCUCCAUGCCGAGGCUCUCCGUCUGCUCACGGCCGGCCAGCAUGGUGGCCAGCAUGGAGGCGGUGGCCGACGGCUCGGCCGUCUUCACCGUGAUGAAGUGGAAAACGGUCUUGGCCGUGUUCGUGGUGGUGGUGGUGUACCUGGUGGCGGGCGGCUGGGUCUUCCAGGCGCUGGAGCAGCCCUUCGAGAGCAACCAGAAGGACACCAUCACCAUGGAGAAGGCUGCCUUCCUGGACAAGCAUCCGUGCGUGACCUCCGGCGACCUAGAGCAACUCAUUCAGCACUCCAUUGACGCAGCGAAUGCUGGAGUCAGUCCAAUUGGGGACACGUCCUAUAACACCAGUCACUGGGACUUGGGCAGUGCUUUUUUCUUCGCAGGAACAGUCAUCACCACAAUAGGAUACGGGAACAUCGCCCCCAGCACGGAGGGAGGGAAGAUUUUCUGCAUCCUCUAUGCAAUCUUCGGCAUUCCUCUUUUCGGCUUCCUGCUGGCCGGAAUCGGAGAUCAGCUCGGCACCAUCUUUGUCAAGAUUAUCGCACGAGUGGAGAAAAUGUUACGGCGCAAACACAGCCAGAUCAGCCUGACCAAGUUCAGGGUGGCCUCCACCCUGCUCUUCAUCCUGGUUGGCUGCGUCGUCUUCGUCGGGAUCCCGGCCGUCAUCUUCCAGCACAUCGAGGGCUGGACCGGGCUGGACGCCAUCUAUUUCGUGGUCAUCACCUUGACGACAGUGGGAAUAGGGGAUUAUGUCGCAGGGGGCAACCGUAAAAAAGAGUACCGCAAAUGGUACAGGCCGUUAGUGUGGUUCUGGAUCCUGGUGGGGCUGGCUUACUUUGCCGCCGUCCUCAGUAUGAUCGGGGAUUGGUUACGAGUGCUGUCCAAGAAGACAAAAGAAGAGGUUGGGGAGAUUAAGGCCCAUGCAGCAGAGUGGAAAGCCAACGUACGGGCGGAGUUCCGUGAAACGCGGCGACGUCUGAGCGUAGAGGUCCACGACAAGCUCCAACGGGCCGCGACCAUCCGGAGCAUGGAACGCCGACAGCUAGGUCUGGAUCAGCGUGCCCACUCCCUGGACAUGCUGUCGCCCGAACGACGCGCCGCCUUCAACAGCCUGGAAGCCAACCACUACAAGACCUCCUCGCAAGAGAGCAUCGACUCCAGCAUCAUCAACAACCUGCGGCUUCGGGCCGAGGCGGGGGACCGACGCAGCGACCCGAACCCAGCCUGCUCCGAAGACAACGUCUUCAACCGUCUCGGCUCCGUCACCAAACUGGCCAAGCGGAACAAGAACCGGGAGCUGAAGAAGAACAUCCCCAGCGAGGGGCGAAAGGCGUUGGACGCCUUCGGCUGCGGAACCCCGACCAUGGACGAGGAAAAGACAGAGGAGGAAGAGGAGGAGCUGGAGAAGGAGGUGAACACCAGUAUGACGGACCUGCCGCUCUUCGUGGAGAACCCGAAACCUCAGAACGGUUUCUUGCUCACCCAGACCAAAGAGAAGGACGACGGGAACAAAAUCGAUGAGGAGUUUACGAUGGAUCUGCAGAUGGAUCCAUAA